UUACCGAUCUAUGCAUUACCAUUCGAAAAUUCUUCAAUAGGAGUUGACCGAACGGCAAAAAAUCAUAAUGGUAUUGUGUGUACUUCGAGGGAAUGUGUUACGAUUGCGGGUUUCCUGGCUGGAAAUCUCAACGACAAGGUGGAUCCGUGUGAUGACUUUUAUGAGUUUGCAUGUGGUAACUACGGAUUAAAUCGUAAUCUGCCGGCCAGCAAGCCUCUUCAGCAUACAAUCAGCGAUGUACAAAGCAGACUUAAUAAGCAAGUAAAAAGUAUACUUCAGAUGCCAAUAGUGGAUAAUGACUCGAAAUGGGAUCGAUUAGCUAAAGGCUACUAUCAGAAGUGCCUUGAUGAAGAUGAAUUAGAAAACACUGGACUAACCGCCAUCAAAGACAUCAUCGCUUGGGUUGGAGUGAGAAAUUUGCGAAUUACAUGCUAUAGAAUUACAGGAAACGAUUGGACAGAGUGGGAUCAUUCAUGGGAAGAGCAGUUAGCGUUUGUGAUGAAUAAAACUGGAGUCAACGCAGUGAUCCUUGAAUUGGCUGUCACUCAUGACCCGGCAAACAGCUCCCACAGUGUCAUCGAGCUAGAUCAACCGAAAUGGGGCGUGGGUUCGCGUUGGCCCUAUCUUAUGGGACUUGACGACCCCAUGUUGAAGAACUACACUCAUUUGAUGACUCUUACAGCUGUAAAUCUUGGUGAGUGUUUGGCUGUACUACUUUGUGCUGAAACUACACGGAAAAAAUCUUCAAAGAAAUCCGAGCGUUUUCGAUCUCUCCCUUCCUUGUGA